UGAAGUAUGGCGGACAUCCUUUGACAACAGGGGACGUUUUGUGUCGUGUCGUUUUGGCAGAUGUUUACUUUCUCCACCAACAAAUUGCAAGCAUAUGAGCAGUGACUAUUGUGUGUACAAGUUUGAGGAUAGACACUGACUGGGAAGAGUGACCAGGACGUCGGUGACAAGUUCUGACAGGAAGUACGCUUCCUGAUCUUUGAUGUGUGAGAGAGUUCCGAUGAGAAUCCGAGAGGCUCGGUGAUUGGGUAACAUCCUCACCAUGGUGGAGACAGAAGGCUGUCACAUGACCCUGUCUCCAGUUGAAGCCCCAGUUUAUGGUGGAAUUACGAUUGUGAUAGGGUUUGAUGAGCAGACCGAGUUUGUUGAAGAUGGUGAACUAUUCCUAGUGUUUUCUGGGAGAAAUCAACGUCAUAUAGUGUCGGCCAAACGGGUCAACAAGCACACACUACAUGCUUUUGUGCCAGGACAUGAUAUUGCGGAGGACGUGAAGUUGAGUGUCUUCCAGAUGCAUGAUGAGAGCUUUGAGCUGCUGCAGACGACCGACUUCCACUACCACGUGGACACGGCGUACCACAUGGCUCAGUUCCUGCUUGACAGCGUGUACAACAGCCACGCCCUCGACAACCUUGAACUGAUCCGCACAGACCAGUUCGACCUGGCCAACGAAAUCCUGUCCACCUUAGACGUCCGACUCAGUCUGGCUCUCAGACACAUUCCCCUGCACCCUGCCUGGCAUCUGCUGGGAUGGGAUGCCCAUGAGGAGGACUGCCAGGGGAGAGAAACGCUGUUACACUUCACUGCACGACUUGGUCUGAACCGCGUGGCGUCGUACAUCCUCGACAAACCCGGGGGUCAGGAGUGCUGUCAUGUGACUAACCGGAACGGAGACCUACCAAGUGAGGUGGCGUCGCACAAUGGUUUUCAUGAGCUCGCAGAACGACUCGCAGGGUACAAUACACAUGGUAUGGUAACAAACAGUGACAAACAGGUUGUUCGAGGAAAUGGUAUUUUGAGGAAGAAUGCUGCUGGAAUUGUGACCUUGACACGACUCCUGAACAUUGCUCCACAAACCACUGUCGAGGAGGAUAUUGAAAUGCUGCAAGAAGGGGCAGUGAUAAUGAAGCGAUGCACCAACUCCGGAGGACAACGUCCAUUCGAUUCUGACUGGCCACUGAACAGAGCUCCUCAACCACAAGACACUGGAAUGUCAUGUACGAUGGAGGUAGAAGAUACAAUAGACCGGAUCUUUGAGACCUGCCAGACUAAUCACCAGUGUAUUGAGUCACUGACCGGAGUACCAGUCUAUGGUCGUCUCCACGGCGAUAGUGAUAGGACAAAUUCCAACCCAUCUCUAGAUAUUGAUGGAUCAAAUCCAGAUAUUCCAGAUCAGUUAGUGGAUGGCAACAGAUGGGAGAUUAUGGAGGCCAGUCUGAGCACGGUUCGUGCCAUCAACAGUGGAGUACUGCAGCAUCGAGAUGUACAGCUCGCACGGCUUUUGAUACAGGAUGUACGGCGAGACAACUUGGCGCGGUGCAGCACGUCGUGUCCAGCGCUUGACAUCCAGGGACGAGGCUCGCCGCUGUCUCCUAUAGAUGAAGCAGAUCACCACAAGUCUAUGCUUGAUCUGGCCGAGGGGGAGACAACUGAGCCUCACGAAGAGCGUGCUGGGUUUGCCGGCAAGUCGUACGUGCACAACUCGACGGGCCACGACCCAGACAUCCUGAGCGAAUACAACAUCCGCAUCUGUGUGAACGGCGUCACCGUCGACAGCUCCACUGACUACCAGGACGAUGCGCUCGGGCAGUGCGGUCACCACGACUACCAGCACCGCUGUGGUAGUUGGUGCGCCCACGAUGUGAACCACGUGCACAAGCUGCAGCAGAUGGCUCGAGCCAGAGUUCUUGCACUAACAGGCAAAAGUCUGAGUUUGAACAGUCUGGAAGGGUCUGAUGAGGGGGAGUACCAGGACCCGCAGUGGUCCCCCUCAAAGAGUGGCAGGAGUCUCAGCAUGGGAACCGACACAAGAGCUGACUUCCGGCAGGGAAGUAUUUCGCCCACGUACUACGACACUACCACUCCCCCAGGGUUGCCCACAGUGAGUGAUCGUGAUCACAUGACUCGCACGAUGAGUGAACCGACCACAGCGAGUACUGCUCGCUCGCUAACCGACAUUCCUGCAGAAACUAAGAAUGCCCAGCAGGAUGCUAAAGGUCGGUGUGUUGCGGGUCGAACGGAUGGCAUGUGCUCCUAUGAAGAGGAGGAGUACCAAGGCCUGAACGUUCCACAUUCCAGUAUGACCAAGUCCCUCUCUACACCUUCCAUACCCGCAGCAACAGAUGCUGUCAAACACAGCGAGUCACAGAAGUUUUCAAGAAACCAUGAGGGUCGUAAAGACAGUAAACAAACGGGAGGUCCAUCCUACCUUCUCAUACAAAAACUUAUUGAGGAUCAUGAUGCACAGUUUCAACGUCAGCACGAAGUCGAAGAAGAAGAAGAUGAACAUGUUGCCGUGGCAACAUCUUUUAAUACUAGCAGGCACAAAGAGAUUUCUCUACGAGACUUCCUUACAGAAUCCAACAGUCUGGAGUCAUCCGAUGAUCAGCGUUCAACAAAAGGUUCACGCAAAGACGAAGAACGGAAGAAACGGAAGCCCAGCGUUUUCUCUCGAUUUCAAAGCAGUUACAGAACUAAGAAGAACAAAGAAAAGGAUGGCAAAGCUAAAAGUACGCAUCAUUUCGUUAGUGUAUCCAUCAGUAACUCCAUCUUGUGUGACGUAUGCCACAAACCUCUCACUAAUAAACCAGCUCUGUGCUGUGAGGACUGUCUGAUGAAUGUUCAUGAACAUGGCUGUAAAGAUCAGAUAUCUAUAUGUGAAAAGUCUCAGCGCAGGGUUCUGCCAAGAGAAGCAUCUUCCAUGUCAGCUCUCCGGGAUCAGUCGGCGCCACCUGUCUCAGGUUCUAAUCUACGACCUUCACAUUCAUUCAAGGACAAGAGGUCAUCUUCUGCACCAAUCAAACCUCAGAACCAGCAGUCAGCAGUUCCCCCAUUCUUACCUCACCGAAACAGUCUACCAACACCCAGUUUGUAUGGCUCUCCCCCCACUCCAACCAGCUUCAUGCAAUUCGGGCAGAUUCCGGGCAGAUUUAACAUCGAAGCAAUAAAUGAAGAAUGCGAAGUGGACUCUGUAGAUUCAGGAGAUAUUGGCCAAUCAAACAUUGAGAAGACUAUUUCUGAGUCCCUGGAAUCGCUGGAUGUAGCUUCAGCUCCCCAAGAGGCGUCCAUCUUUGAGGAUGAGCCAGACCUGAUGCUGGACGUGGACGAACCAGAAACGUGGAGCUCCACCGUCGACCGCAAGAUUUUGAAGAAGAUGAGUACAAAAGAAAUCAAGAGACAGGACACAAUAUGGGAACUCAUUCAGACAGAAAAGAAAUAUUGUAAAUCCUUGAAAAUUAUGCAGAAGAUGUUCUGUCAAGGUGUGCUGGAUGAGCUCCAGUACACAGAGGAACAGGUGGACCGACUCUUUCCACGCUUGGAUGAUCUCAUCGAAAUACACACGUCCUUCCUACGCCAACUACUACAACUUCAGCAACACAAUGCAGAACGCAGCAUUGAGGAAAUCGGAAAACAUCUUUUUAAUCAGUUCAGUGGAGAGAACGUCACCGCCAUGAUGAGUGCAUACGGAGAGUUUUGCUCUCACCACAAGGAGGCUGUCCAACUCUACAAGGAUUACCUCAAGGCCGACCGCAAGUUCGCAAGUUUCAUUAAAUCGUGUAUGAAGAGCCGAAUAUGCAAGAAAAGAGAAAUUCCCGACUUUAUUCUGGGUGUGACUCUGAGACUAGGAAAAUACCCCAUACUCAUUGAAGCAAUAUGUAAAAGUACUAAAGAUAAAAAAGAUCGUGAGUUCUUGAACUGCGCCUUACACGCCAGUAAGGAAGUUUUGUCCGAGGUUGACCACCAGGUGGAGUGCUACGAGAACUUGAUGGAAAUCCAGAGUAAAAUCGAUUCAAGGGCAACAACUGUGUUUAAAGGCAAGAAGUUCAAGAGAACCGAUUUAACAGCUAAUUAUCGUAAGCUGAUCUUUGCCGAUAUGAUUAGUUGGAAAAACGCACGUGGACGUAAAGCAGACGUCCUGGCCGUAAUACUCACUGAUUUGAUCCUGUUUGUAAAAGACGACAACCAGAAAUACUCCUUCUUCAUUCAAGAUGGCAAGUCGUGCGUGGUUCCUCUGUUCAAGCUGCUGGUGCGAGAGAAGCGAGACACGCGGGACAGUCACGGAAUCUACCUGAUCAGUCAGAACCGCCAACACCCCGAGAUGUACGAGCUCGUGUGCGGCGCCAAGGAGAACAAGGAGCGGUGGAUGAAGAUUCUACAGAAGGCCGUCGAGAACUGUCCAGAGGAAGAUGAGGAGGGUCCUACAGAAAAUGAGGUAGAAAGAAGAAGACAGGAAGAGAGAGCAGCUAAAGCUAAAUUAAUAAUCGAUCAACUCCAUGAGAAGGACCACUAUAUUCGACAGUGCUGUGAAGAGAAGAACCGACUCAUGUUAGACCUUCUCGAUCUCUACAGAACACCACAAGAGGCAAACUCACGACCCAACUCCCAGCAUGAGGAGGUGAUAGGUUCCGAGUCUCUGGAGGUACUGCAGGCAGCCAUGCAUGAAGCAUCCCACUUGGCGACCAUUCUUCAAGGAACCGGAACCCAUCUCAGUCGCAGUGUGUCGAGUGCUGGGGAACAUGUUAGCAGUUCGUACGUUGCCAUGCCGAUACCCAAACGUGCAGAGACUUUUGCCGGCUUCGACAGCAGUCACGAAGUCCCUAAAGGUGUUUUAAAGAAGCGCUAUCUGCCCCAGCAGUUAGAAGACGGUCAGAGUGGAAGCCAGUUGAGUCUCGACCGACCCGACCAUGACCUUCAGUACUCGCCAAUCAGUGAGAUCGAUGACACUCAAGCUCUACAGAUGGAGCAGAGCAAUUGGAACCCAUCUUCAGUGACAGUGAUUCCACCCCAGUCGUCUGUUCCAAGGUCAAGGCUACAGGCGUGGGGGGAUGAGAGUGAACGAAACAGCGACAAGGAGUCAAUGGGAGAUCUGUCAGCAUCAUCGGUGUCAUCGCUGGUCCCGUCCAUACCCCCGAACCAGGAACAGAUGAUGUCCAUCGCCCAGCUAGUCAAGUACCUACAUAGUCUAAUGAACCUGACGGCCCAGCAGGGCACUGCAGUGGAGAGUCUUCGAGCCCAGCUGGCCGAGGCCAACGAGAAGAUCAACAAGCUGUCGGCAGAGAUGUCUGAGAGGAAGACCGGAUACCGACACAACCAGCUGGAGGAACUGAGGAACCUACAGGAGAACAUCAGCCGUGACAAGUCUGACUGGGAGAGACAGAAGCUACAGGAGCGCCAUCUGUUGGAGCAAGAGCGGGAAGACUUGGAGGCCAGGAAGCUCGCGCUAGAGCAACAGGAGGUUGAAAUCCAAGCUAAGAAAGACGAACUGAAGCGGCAGAGAGAGGUCCUACAACGGCAGAUUGACAUGCUGAAGGAAACUCAGAACCUGCCGCUAACCGACCCCCUGGCCAAGAGCCUCCCCUUCCAGCCGAACCCUGCCGCCGGUGAGCCCUACGACAGCCCUGACAGUCGGCGCCAGCCCCCCCGCACUGCCCCACCGGAGGUCUCACACCGCAGAUCCGCUUCGGCCGAUUUUUACAAGACGGACGCGGAUGUGUUUCCUCAACACCAGCGGGACGGGAGUCAGCCGCUGGAUCUGUCGAGCAGCCUGAAACAACAGCGUCCGUCCGUCAGCAAUCUGCACGCCUUCAAUGCUCCCAACAACAAACAGAACCUGCCCAUACACCUGCUGAGUGCCCGGAACGAGCAGAAGGUCGGAGGAAACAAGGUACAGCAGUUGCCGAUGAAACUUGCCGGGCCUCCGCCACCAGGACCCUCCCAACAGUCGCAAUACCCAUCAGGAAGACUGAUGCCAUCCUCUGCAUCCACCCCUAGUCCUCAGGGAGGUCCAGGUCGUCUAGGGGGAGGGCGGCGACCCUCCCCCAGUCAGAGUGCUAGUGUGCCGUCUAGUCUGUCCCAGCUGAUGAAGCUGGCCGAACCGAGUGGUAAAAAGAAAGGAUCGUCACCGCAAGCCCCCCAGCUCGGCAGUUCCAACACGGCUCCCGGGGCCCCAGCCGGCCACAAACAGGGGAGAUCCGACGAUAUCAUCUACUUCUAACAGCAUGAGAUGAAGAAGUCCAUGUAGCUAAUGCAACAGUUCAAAACGCUGACACCAAUUUUUACAACGGAGUAACAAUACAUGAUAACAAACAUUUCGAUUGGUUGAGGAUGAGGAGUCUUUGGAUGGUCAUCCAAUCACAAGACAGGAGAGUCGUCAAUGCAGGCAGGUUUGAACUGAAGUAAGGAAGGCUGGGAUUCGUCAUGUGCGGUUCGGAAAACAAUGGACUGGGGUUACUCUCGCGCAGCUUCCCUAAACAUAACUUACAACCAGCGCUGAAUAUUUACAGUAGGAGGAACAAGUAGAAGAAAAAUGUCAGCCACAUCAAUAAUGUGAUACAGACCUGGACUUACAUAUUGUGCUUAUACAGUGCUUAUGAAGACAGACUCGGGAUAAUAAGUACUUGAUAAGACCCACGAUGAUAAGUACUUGAUAAGAAAGACUCCCAAUGAUAAGUACUUGAUAAGAAAGACACGGGAUGAUAAGAAAAAUUCAGAGCCAAUAUCUGUUUCAUUUUUGGAAUUAUUUGUACAGAUUUAGAAUGUUCCUCUCGGAUUUAACGCUGAAAAACUGUGUAACAUCAUGGUUUUCUAGGAACGGACUUCUGUAAUUAUAUUCUGGUGUGAAUACUGGAACUUCAUGGACUGGACUAUACGUGUGUGUACUACACAGGAACUUCACAGACUGGAUUUAAGACACUGUUGUGAAUACUGGUACAUCAUACCGGUACUUUUAUACACAUGUGUAAUACACACGAACCUCAAAUGGACUUAAUGCCCCAGUGUUAAUACCAGGUUAUCGUACCGGAUUUUACUGGGUCAUCAUACUGGAUUUUACACACGUGAACUACACAGAAAGCUCUGUGUCAAUGCCAGGUUAUCGUACCGGAUUUUCCUGGAUCAUCGUACUGGAUUUUACAUGCGUGUACUACACAGAAACUUAGAUUUGACUCAACACAUUGGUGCAUGUGUAUACCGGAUUUUACACAUAUGUACUGAUCAAUGUACAGUGAAUGUGUAUUGAAUUAGAACAUCAUACCGGAUUUUACACAUGUAUAUGUACUGAUCAAUGUUCAGUGAAUGUGUAUUGAAUUAGAACAUCAUACCGGAUUUUACACAUGUAUAUGUACCGAUGCACAGUGAAUGUGUAUUGCACUUAAGUGCCAUAUGGAAUUGACUUGAUCCAGAAAACUAAUCAAUGUACUACAGCAUCGGAGAAAAGGAGAUUACGAAAUAUCUGAGCUUGAGUAAACUCAACCAAGACGACCAUUGCUAUUACCAGAUAUUAUCUAGUUAACACUACUCACAAUAUGUGGCAUUAUUUUAUAACCACUAGCUUAAGGUACAUACAACACAUAUAUAUACACACAGACAUAUAUAAUAUAUAUAUUCUUAUAUAUAUAUAUAUAUAUAUUUAUUAUGACAAGUUUACCCAGUACGGUUUGGGUAGGUGUUUAGGCUGUUACCGUAUUUUGAGAGAAAUGUUUUGUGAUUUGGUUUUCACAUUCAUAAUUUUCUCUUUUGAUCUCAAAGAGUUUUAUUCAAAGGCAAUUUAAGUCUGUAUGUUACAUACUCAGUAGCUGAUGUGAACUACUGUAAAUUCAUCAAGUAACAUUUUUAUUAAUACGACUAGGAUGCUCACGCAGUGUUUGAGGUCAGGAUUAUAAAAACUACAUUUGUAAACUUGGGUUUAAAAUGUCUUGAAAGUAGUCACUGUGUAUGCUACUUAAUGAAAUUACAGUAUUAACAUCACUAAGUCUCUGAAUUUUUUUUUUUUUUAUAGCUCAUAUAAUAUUUAUAAUCAUUAUGUGAGGUCUACAAUAAUUAUAAUUUGAUCAUGGCCCUCUUUUAUGAAGUGAUCUUAGCGUUAAGAUCAUCUUAAGGUGAUCUUAGUGCUAAGAUAGCUUCGUAAAAUGAGGCCCCUAGCUAUCCACAAUAGACUGGAUUCUAGUCGACGUGUAUCAAUGCUACGAAACUGAUGAAAUAUAUUGUAUCUUACAUGAGUUACAAUGUCUUCUUUGCAUUUUUUUUUUUUUUUGUUGCCAUUAAUGGCAUAUUCAUUUACAAAUUAUGACACCUGAUUUUGUACAUCUCAAACAGCAUUGUAUGAUUUAUACAUGUACAUCCUAUAGAAAAGCAAUACAUGAACUCAGGAUCUGGAUUUGAAACGAGUCCUCGAGUAAAGUCUCAUUUUGUAGAUUUGUACAUGGGUGGAAACAAUAAUGGGCUUCGUUAAUUAAUUUAUUCAUUUUUAAUUUUUGAUACAUCUUUAGUCUUUGUAAACAAAUAGUGGUUAUUUGUGUGCAAUAUUUUAUGCAACGUUUUAAUAUUUUGUCAUAUAUAAACACAAAACCAAAAAAAAAAACCCAUUAAAAAUGUUAACAAUAAAAAAAAAUAUAUAUUUAUAGGUCUAGAUGGUGUGGUUGAUGGCAUUAUGAAUUUGUGUACAUUUUACGAUUAAAAGCAAGAGAUUGGUAGAUUAACGUAUAAUAUAGAGCACAUGAUAUGCAUGUUACGAGUUACGGGUGCUGUAACCAUGCCUGUUGUACUAACCGUGUGACAUGUAGCUACCGGACACGACAACCAAAGUGUGAGAGUGAGAACGACAUUGGAAGGAAUCCUAACCACCUGGCUAUGAAUCUGUGGAAACCAUUGUUUCAGCUAGCUAGCCUUCUACAUAGGUAUAGAGGGGAUGAUUUUCCACAAUCACAGAAAAGCACAACCAAAUCACAGAGUUCAGUACAUAAAUAUGUGGAUACCAUUGUUUCAGCUAGCUAACCUUCUACAUACAUGUAGGUACAGAGGAGAUCAUUUUCCAUGAUCACAGAAAAACAUGACAUGAUCACAGAGUUCGGUAACCAUGGCUAUAACUCUGUGGAAAACAUUGUUGCAUAAUGUUCAUCAUCAUUUGUAAGCCUAGCUGAAUAAUGUAACAGCUAUUUGAAAUCAUUAAAAACUUUGGGCGUAUUAGUUAAUCUAUAAAGAAGAUUGCAGGAAGAUCGCCACAUGGCACUAAUUAAAAACUUGAAAAAUAGUUUUAAAAACCAAAAAAAAAAAAAAAAAAAAAAAAAAAAAAAAAAAUAACACCAACAGAAAUUGGCAUGGGAAAAUCAUCCCCUCUUUAUGUGAUACAUACCAGGGCCUGUGCUUCUAAAACUUCUAAAAGUCCAGACUCCAAGCUUUAAUAACAUUAAAUACAUGCUAUAUGUAUGUUGUUAAAGUCUCGGACUAUACUAUUAGUCUGGAUUUUAGUCUCAAAAGUUUUAUAAGCACCAGGAAGUACUGCUAUAAAUGUGGUACAAGCUAGCACUGAAUUAAAAAUAAUCUUGAGAGUAUGGUUCUGCAGAAUUCUUGUAUAAUGUCUGGUUCUUAUUUCUCCACGUAUAUCUGAUCACACUAUAUAAUCUGUGUAUGGCCAUAUGUGUGUCAUGUAUAUAGUGACACCAUUAACACCUCUAUCACGUACGUGCUGACAUUUCACACAAAGACAGACAACUUUAGACAUUAAAAGUAAUUCCUCGGGCAGUACAUUCCUUUUAUUUUUUGUAAAAAAAAAGAGAGAAAUUGUUUAUUUUUUCAUAAUUCAUAAUUUUGCAGUUAGUUAGUUUGGUGCUUUUGUAUUUGAAACUAACAGAAUAUGCAGUGUUAAUGUUUAUCCAUAUGAUAUCUGCUUUUCAAAACAUGUCAUUUGAAAUAAAUAUGUUUGUAUUCCAAAUUUGGGAUUUGGAGUCACAAACUUUUUGAUGAUGCAUUUUAUUUUUUUAAGUAUACCUUUUAGGAAUACAAAUCACAAACAAAUAUUUAGUUGUCUUGGAUUUUGGACUAACGUACAAAUUUGUAGAUGAUUAUUUAAUUAUAAAUAAAUUUUGUUAUAAAUAAAUUUUGUUGUAAAUAAAUUUCACAUGACUAACAUUGUACUAAGCAAGAAACUUAAGUUUUUGACAAAGACACAAUAGUUUUGUAAGAGAAGAAGGUUGCAUUAUUGGGAUGUAAUAACUGGAUACCAAACACUGUGGUUCACAGCUUUGUUUUGUUAAGCAGAUUAAUCUGUACGGCUAUUCAUUGAUCAAAACUGUGAUGUCAGUGAUAGACUGUUCCCUAUCAUUUGUUUGUGUCAUUCUUCAACCUUGGUGUGAACCAGUCUAAUAUACAUGUCAAACAAAACUACGGCUUUUUUCAGAACUGAUUACAUGAAAUGGCCUCGGUGGUGUUGUGGUUAAGUUAUCGGAUUUGAGGCCGAUAGGUACUGGGUUCGCACUCCAUUACCGGCUCCCACACUAAGUGAGUUUUAAAGGCUCAGUAGGGAGAGUGAGAAAGAGAGAGACAGAUAGACAGUACCUUUUAACAUGCCCCUAUACCACUACGGUUUCGGGUAUGUCCAUCCCGGGUCUGAUCUCUGGAUAGCUAGUGAUCUGGUCCAGGAUAGAGUCAGUGGGCAGGCAUAAGACCGCUAACCCAUUGUCCUGGAUAGACAACUGAGGUGGGUGCCCAGGACAGAAUGCUUUAACCUUAAUUGCAUAUAGGUUAAGCACAAAAAUAAAUUGAAAUGAAUGAAUCUAUUAGCUGGGUGGCGCCUUAAAUUAAAAUAAAUAAAAUGUAAGGUGCGGGUGCUGGGAAUAAUAAAAACCCCAAACUCUCCAACCUUCUCAUGUGAUCUGUUCUGGAAGAGCCGUAAGACUUUUCACCUAAUUAAAUAUGAACAUGGAAUUUGAUCAUUGUUAAUGUUGUCUGGUUUAUUCCUUAUCAUAUAGCAAUAACUAUCUUGGCAGUAUCAUGUUUGUUUUAUGUAUGUUUACUAUUAAACCAUUGAUGUUUAUACCAUUACUAAAAUAAUAUGGAUUGUAGAAUUCAUAUUUUGAAAACCAGUUUUAGUUAGUUGAUGCUUAAUAGUCAUCUAUUCUAGAAUGAAAUCCAUGUGUUUUUGGUGUCGGAAUCUAACCAUAUUAUUGUUCAUGGGAAAACUAGUUUUUUUUCUUGUUCUGGUAUGUUUGAAAAGUAAUGUGAAAAAAAUCCUUUUCUACAAAAUGUUUGUUAGUUUGUGACAAUGUUUACGAUCAAAUGAUAAUCUUAAUGAUAAAGAUUGAAUAUUGAUAACAUUUAUGUUUGAAUAUUGAAAGUCAUUGUGAUUGAAUAUUGAAAGUCUAUAUGAUUGAAUAUUAAAAACCUUUAUGUUUGAAUAUUGAAAGUCAUUGUGAUUGAAUAUUGAUAAUCUUUAUGCUUGAAUAUUGAAAACCUUUAUGAUUGAAUAUUAAAAAUCUUUAUGAUUGAAUAUUGAAAACCUUUGAAAAUCAAAAGUCAUUAUGAGUGAAUGUUAAAAAUGAUGGAAUAUUGUAAAUCUUUAUGAUUGAAUAUUGAAAUAUUUAUGAUUGAAUGUUCAAAAUCUUUAUUAUUGAAAAUUCAAAAUCUUUAUUAUUGAAUACCAAAAUUUUUGUUUUAAAAUUGACUUUUUUAUAUAUAAUAUUGAAAAUCUUUAUGAUUGAAUAUUGAAAAUCUUUAGCUAUGUUAAGCAUUCUAGUCCUGAAGUACUUAUUGAAUAAUAAUAUUAUUAACAAAAUGAAGAACUUUAAUUGUUUCAUUUUUGUAAAAUCAUGUUAUUUAAUUCCCUCCAACUGUAUCUGAGCACCAAAGCCUUUUUGUGUGACACGAAACCUGUAUUGGGCAGCUUGGAUGUGACAUCUUCCUACGGUCAUCUUGGUGAUGUCUUACAUUUAUAAAAACACUGCCAUGAUGAUGUCUGUUACAUCUUCACAACACCAUGGUGAUGUCUGUUACAUCUUUACAACACCAUGGUGAUGUCUGUUACAUCUUUACAACACCAUGGUGAUGUCUGUUACAUCUUCACAACACCAUGGUGAUGUCUGUUACAUCUUCUCAACACCAUGGUGAUGUCUAUUAUAUCUUCACAACACCAUGGUGAUGUCUGUUACAUCUUUACAACACAACACCAUGGUGAUGACUGUUACAUCUUUACAACACCAUGGUGAUGUCUAUUACUUCUUUACAACAUCAUGGUGAUGUCUGUUACAUGUUCACAACACAACACCAUGGUGAUGUCUGUUACAUGUUCACAACACCAUGGUGAUGUCUGUUACAUGUUCACAACACCAUGGUGAUGUCUGUUACAUCUUUACAACACAAUGGUAAUGUCUGUUACAUCUUCACAACACCAUGGUGAUGUCUAUUACAUCUUUACAACAUAAUGGUGAUGUCUAUUACAUCUUCACAACACAAUGGUGAUGUUUGUUAACAUCAUCACAACACAUGUACCUUGGUGGUGUCUGUUAAAUCACGGCAAUACCUUAGUGAUGUCUGUUAACAUUGUCGCAAUACCUUACACCUUCAAACGCAUCUUGGUGAUCAAUGUCUUAUUUGUUCAGCAUUCUCCUUGCAUCAUUUCAUCAGCAUCCGAGCAUUGCAGUUACAUUUUGUUUUUGUUACAUUGUCAUGGCAACACCAUGGUGCUCUCUUGUCCUGGUUUCUUGUUACAUACAUAACAGUAAGGUUCUUGUUUUUUUGUUUUUUUUCUUCUGCUUAGAUUUCUUGUCUGUGAUAGUUUGUGUAGCUGUUUCUCAUACCAUUUUAAAGUAUAUUUUUUAACAACUGCUUGACGGUCUGAUCAUUUCGUCUGAUCAUUUCACAUGUACGUGUAUAUCUUCAUGUAAGUUUUAUAUAAACACAAUGAAAACGUAGGUCAUCUGGGCUGGAUUCUUUUAUUGUUACAAUUAUAUAAUUUCCUACAAUGUUACAAAAUGGACUGCUCCAUGCACAAAUAUUUAUGUAUAAUCCAUUUCUAAUAAAAUGGUUAAUUUUUA